AUGCUGGCUUCGAAGCCUCAGUAUGCGACAACGGGAUCGUCGGCCCAAACACCCUCGUCGGCCUAUUAUGCGAACACACCGCGACCCAUGACAGCUACGAAGGUGGACGGAUCUGGCUUCUUAAGCCCCACCAAGUCAGAGCUUUCCGAUGGCCAAGAAGACGGGACGUCUGUUCGGAUGUGGGAUGAAGAUAAAGUUGCCGCCUGGCUACAUAGUAUCAAGUGUGGGCAGUACGAGUCGCUCUUUCGAGAGAAUGGGUUCAAUGGAGACAAUCUGAUCGACUGUGAUCAAAAGAUCCUGCAGGAGAUGGGCAUCAAAAAGGUUGGUGACCGAGUACGCAUCUUCGUCGCGAUCAAGCAACUCCGAAAUAAAACCAUGGUCAAUCCGAGACAAAAGAAUAUGAGCAGAUUGGCUUCCAUGGAGGCAGCAAUGGGAAACAUCGAACCCUCACGAUUCUCCGGCUUCCCCAAUUUGAACAACGUCCACGGCGGAAAAUCAUCACAGCCCACAUCCCCACCAGCAGAGGCAUUGCGGAAGGAUUACCUUGGGCGUAGCACCAAUAGCCACCCUCGAAAUCCCAGUCUCGAUGGUCUGACAAUGGGUCCUCUUCCCCAAAAUUCACCAGUUAUCCGUGUCAUUUAUACAGGUGGGCAGACAAAGGUUCUGGACAUCCGGCAUUGCAAAACUCCAGACGAGGUGAUGGUCGGUGUACUCAAAAAGUUACAGCUUCCAGAGCACCAGUAUAGGAAUUACUGCUUCUAUGUUCUCGAUGGCUUAGAUCCUGACAUGUCAAAUGUGAGGAGACUUACAGAAGCCGAGCUUAUGGAAAUCUGCGAAGGAGUCAAUAGAUCCGAACGAGGCCGUUUAAUCUUACGAAAAAUCCACGCCGGCGAACCCGAUGGCGAUGAACUUCGGCGGGCAUCUCAACUUGCUGUUGAUGAAAGUUCAGUCACGCAUCGUAUCGCUUUGGACAAAUCGAAUCCCCGCCAGAAGAACAAGAUCCAGCAGCUUACGGGGGAAUCAUGGCAGGUUAUCAACACGAAGCAGCCAGUUUCGCCCGUCGGUGCACGCCACCGCACGACGCCUUCCAACAGCGGAGACCCAGACUCACCAUACACCGCCGAGCGGAACCACGUGUCCAAGUUGCGCUCCUUCUUCGGCCAGCGACCUCCUAGUGAGAUGAUUAUCCAUGAGCUCCCCUCUUUCUUCCCGAGUCAUGAUCGGGAUGAUAUUGCGAAGACGAUGCGCCGAUCCCAGCGCCUCAGUCGUGCUGCUAGCCGUCUCAGUGUUGUCAGCAACUUCAGUGUUGCCUCGAGCAUGAAGGAUGCGCCUCCAAUGCCUCCUUUGCCCUCCAUUCCCCCUAUCCCUCCAAUGCCCAAUAUCGCCGAUGCCUGGCUUCAGCAUGCGGGAGGAAUACAGGCUGCGCAGGCUCCGCGACCACAAUCUAUCUCCAGGUUCAACUUGCCUCAAGCUUCAUACCGUGACUCAAUUGCAUCAAGCUCUCUCCAGCCAUUGCAAGAGGAGUCCCCGACAACUCCGAGCCGAAAGUCAUUUAUGUCAAUCGAAAGUAGUUCAGAUGACCCCAAUACCUCACGUCAGAGCAUGCUGGAUGAUACUAUGAGCGUUGCAGCUACAGACGGUGAAUCAGAGCUUUUCAACGAUCGAGCAAGCAUGGCAGUGGCCGAAGACGAACUCUACGAAGAGGACGAAGAUGAUCCCGGCUUGGAAGAUUUCUUAGCCGGUAACAAUUUUGCGCCGAAGAAUUGGAUGAAGGGAUCCCUGAUCGGCGAGGGUUCCUUCGGCAGUGUGUUCCUAGCCCUGCAUGCCAUCACUGGAGAGCUGAUGGCCGUAAAGCAGGUCGAGAUUCCCUCUGCCACCAAGGGCACGGAAUUCGACCAGCGCAAAAACAGCAUGGUGACUGCCCUGAAGCACGAGAUCGAGCUCUUACAAGGCAUGCACCAUCCAAACAUUGUGCAGUACCUCGGAACUGCCGCAGACGACCAACACCUCAACAUUUUCUUGGAGUACGUCCCUGGAGGCUCGAUCGCUACCAUGCUCAAACAGUACAACACAUUCCAAGAACCACUCGUCAAGAACUUCGUGCGUCAGAUCUUGGCUGGUCUGGCCUACCUGCACAGCGAGGGCAUUAUCCACCGCGACAUCAAGGGUGCCAACAUCCUCGUCGACAACAAGGGUGGCGUGAAGAUCUCCGAUUUCGGUAUCUCCAAGCGUGUCGAAGCAACCCACCUCCUCGGGGCCCGCGCAAGCGGUUCUGCUGGCACCGGCGGCGGUCUCGCCAGACCAUCGCUACAGGGCAGUGUUUACUGGAUGGCUCCCGAGGUUGUGCGGCAGACCGCUCACACAAAGAAAGCUGAUAUCUGGAGUCUGGGCUGUCUGGUCGUGGAGAUGUUCAGUGGUGCCCACCCUUUCCCCGAUUCGAGUCAGCUGCAAGCUAUCUUUGCGAUUGGCAGCAACCAGGCGCGCCCACCUGCACCCGAACAUGUCAGUCCCGAGGCUAAGGAGUUCCUCGAUAUGACCUUCCAGAUUGACCAUGAGAAACGACCGACGGCGGAGGAACUGCUUAAGUGCAAGUUCUUGGCUAUGCCAAAUAUGUGA